AUGGAUGCGGCACUGCUAGAUGCCACUAAUCAACAAAUGGCUAUCCAGGCCAAAUGCAACACGCAACAAACUCUAGCCAAGAAGCAGUUUGAUAAUGACGACGAAGUGGGCUUGACCCCAAAUCCGGGAUUUUAUCAAUAUGUCAUGACUGGCCAAGCUCCAUGCUUCAGUGCGGCAAAACAACACCUCGACAGUAUCGGUCUCGGCUACGAAGUUACCGGCGGCUCAUCCACCGCCAACAACAUCGACACCAAACUGAAAGAGACGACUAGCGGCGGUGGCAGCAUCAGCGUUUUCGGUAUUCUCGUCAACGUCGGAGCCAGCGGGAGCAAAAGCACCGAGAACAAUAACCAUAACGCUACUUGGGACAAUAGCAGCAGAAUUUUCAAGGUCGUGCCAGCUCAAGAUGUUGGCUUCGCUAAUAUUGUCGGUCUUGUUAGUGAGAAAUUCACCCUUCCGUAA